UCCAGCCCCCCUGCGCCGGUCUCCGCUCUCCAUUCCCCCGGUGGCAGUGCACCAAAGGCCGGGGCGGUCUUUCCUCAGGCCAUGGCCGGGUGCGGGGACAGCGGCAUGCCUCCCAUUGGUUGAUGACAAAGUCCUUCCAGUCGUGGGUAUGUUGAAGACUUGGGCCAGCCCUCCCACGGGGGCUGUCAGCAGAUGUGCAGAGUUAGGCACGGGAAAGAUCGAGUUUGAGAAGAUCAUAACUGAAGAGUUGAGAGCAGUUCCUUUGCACUACUGUCCAGAGCUAGUGGAGGCCUGUGCAGACCUCAUUAAUGAAGAAUGGAAGAGGAGCAAGGCAUCUCGGAUUCAUUCACUCCAGAAAUCCUCCAAUAGUUUCCCACUUUGUCUUGUGUUGAAAAAGAUUCUAAAUGAUGUUGGAAACACGAACAAUGAAAACAAAAGCCUAUUGGUGGGCCACAGCAGGCUCUCUCGUGUAGUUGGUAAAUCAACUGGUUUGUUCGUGGAGACCGUCAUUGUUGCUAAGGAAUUUCGGGGCAAGGGUUACGGCAGAAAGUUAAUGGAAGCCACUGAAGCCUAUGCUAAGCACCGAGGGUUCAAAACUCUGUAUCUCACCACUCACGAUAAGCAAGACUUUUAUUCCCACUUGGGUUAUGUACUAACUGAACCAGUGCAGAAUGCAGGUUCUAUGACCUCAUUCAUGAACAUGGAAUUCCUUGAAAAGCUGUCUCCUCCAUCAGUUUCACCACCAAUUAAUUCUCAUUCGCUCCCACCCCCUUGUCCACCUUGGCCAUCUCCACAAGUGCCAUCCCUUGCUCCUGGUUCUGCACCUGCUCAGAAACACAGACUGAAUCUUCCUUCACCAUCUCAUCCCUUCACAUCUUCCCAAUCUAAUGCAUCAGUGACUUUUCCAUCAUCUCUUAUUGCAUCCUCUUCACAGUCUGGGCAGCUUCAGUCUUCCACGUCCUGUUCCUCAGCCACUUCCCCGUCAAACAAGCAUGUUCCUAUUCCUCCCCCACCUCCACUCCCGCCACCAUUACCGGGUGCACAACCAGCUCCUCCCUCCCUAAUUACGCCACAGUUACACGGACACACCCAUCCUUGCAACUCAUCCUCUCCAUCACCCACUCUCCCCAUUUCACAGACGUCCCAGUUGCAUUCUCUUUCAGCUCUUCAACUUUCCUCACCACCUGCUGAUUCGGUGGCUAUGCUUCCCACACCACCACCCUUGCCUGGUACUUCUGAAACUUUAACGAAGUUAUCCCAGUUUCCUUGUCAUUCACCCGAAUCUUUCAAAGAGAACAGGAAAGCUACACAAACUCUGUUGGAGACCCCUUACCGAUGCAUUAAAGGCCUUCCUGUCUUCUGGAUGAAAAAAGACAUAUAAUUUGAUCAAAUCUGUUCCAAAUGAUUGAAAGAAUAUGUUUGAAAGCUGCCUUCAACUAAUUGGUGCCAAAUGAAGUACAGUGGAAAAUACUCUAAAAGAACCGCAUUAAGAUCUGGUUUGAAGUGGUUUCAAUGAACAAGAAGCUGCUUAAAUUGAUAUUUCAGACUAGGAACUAUGUAUAGUUGAAUUGGUGCAAGUUGUCACCAGUGUAGAAGUGAGAUUCUUAGUAUAAGAGAUGAAAGGUCUUACGAGAUUGUAUUAGAAUUAACAGUGAUGUUCCUGGCAUGCUUGAGCUAAAGAAUGGAAUUGAAUACCUCUAUACAUGUGAAACUGACUAUUAACUCCUAGAAAUUUAAGAUAUGCUGCCCAAGUUAUUUUUCUGAGCAAUAAUGUACUCAAUAAUUUCACUGCUUGAAGUAAAUUGUGUGCAAAAAUUACAUUUUUUAAAAGUUCAUAGUGCUUUUCUUUUACUUUUUGUAUUGAAGUUUCUUGUUCUGGCAAUUAUUUUCUUCAAAUACCUCCUCUUGAACUAGUUGUUACAAAUCAUGCUACAAUCAUCAGGGACGCAAAAUCAUGCUGCAUUGCUGAAGUUUGACACAACAAGUAUGUGUGUGAACAUUUUAUGGAGAUAUUAAACAAAUAAUAUUUGUAUCACAUUAUACAAAUGUGGAGUGGGAAUAUAGUAUACCUGAGAUUACUUGGAAAAGAACUGAUUCUUAAAUAAAAUUAGCAUUACUCAAGGUAGCUGUCAUGAAUUGUGGGCUUUUGAAUAAAGUCAAAGAGGGGAUAGAAGUCUCUGGUGGAAAUUUUAGUAAUCCUCCUUAAAUGUCCUAAAUGCACCAUGACACUGGAACGCAGCCAAUGAAAGGAUUGAUCAGAUAAUUAUAUAAAAUAAGUUGGUUUAACACCAUUUAUGGACAAACUCUUAGGGUCAAUAAUUGAAGGUAGAAGUAGUGAUAGCACUACAAGGUGAAUGAAGCACAUUCAGCAAGGCAAGUAACAGAACAUGUCUAAAAUACGCAGUUGGUCAGGCAACAUCCAUGGAGAGAGAAACAAAGUUGAUGGCCGAGAGUUUGUAGUCAGUGGCAAAUUGCCCACUCAAUGCUAACCUCCAAACUAAGUUUGAGGUUACCUUGUUCGGGUUUUGGGAGGAGUCACCUAGAUCCUCAGCAGAGAGCCCCUGUAUGAGGACUGCCCCAAUAAUGUAGAACAGACAUCAUUUGGAGCAUCUUGCACCAACCCCUGCCCACAAAAUAAAGAUGACUAAAAGACAAGGCGGUUAGCCUAUGGGGAGAGAUUGAGUCGCCUGGGACUAUACUCGCUGGAAUUCAGAAAAAUGAGAGGGGAUCUUAUAGAAACAUAAAAUUAUGAACAGGAUAGAUAAGAUAGAGGCAGGAAAGUUGUUUCCACUGGUAGGUGAGGCUAGAACCAGGGGACAUAGCCUCAAGAUUCAGGGGAGUAGAUUUAGGAUGCAGAUGAGGAGGAACUGCUCAGAGAGUAGUGAGUUUGUGGAAUUCCCUGCCCAGGGAAGCAGUAGAGGCCACCUCAUUAAAUAUAUUUAAGAUGCAGAUAGAUUUUUGCAUAGUAAGGGAAUUAAGGGUUAUGGGGAAAAGGCAGGUAGGUGGAACUGAGUCUAUGGCCAUAUCAUGAUGAUCUUAUUGAAUGGCAGAGCAGGCUUGACGGGCCAGAUGGCCUACUCCUGCUCCUAUUUCUUACGUUCUUACAAGGCUUCUCUCCAAUUAGUCUGAAUUCAGAGGUAAGAAGAACUUAGGCCUCCUUUGUAAGCUUUAGAUACUUCUAUAAAAAUUUACAGACUUUUGAAAAUGUUUGCAGUUUUGUAAAACUUACAAUCUAAUGUUAUUUUAGAAACGUGCAACAUUUUAGAAAUUGUUAGGAAGUUCUAAAAAAUGCAAGCUCUUGGAAAGUUCAAUUUGGUGAAAAGACUUUACUAGAAUCACAUUAAGAAAAUGAACAGCUUGUAAAAGGCCAUGAAUAUACAUACAGGCUCCAGAGGCAGCUGCAGAGGGGUUCAAUGAGGAAACUAGAAAAGUCACAAAUGUGGUAUUUGCAGGCAAGGUCACGGUUUACCUGACCUGGAGAACAAAGAGUUUAAUCUGCAUUCAGGCUGAGAGAAGAGUGCACACACCAGCUCAGUGGGCAAACUGUAUAGUGCCAGCACUCCUGGCUUUAUAUUGUGCUACAACAAGCCUCACUGUAUAAUACAUUAUCUUGGGAGCAGCACAGCCUCAAUGUACCAAACUGCCUUCUCUAAUCAUGGACAUAGUAUGAAAGAGGAAAAAGAAAAUGUGAGACAGGAUCUGACAGCUACCCAUUUCUGAAAUCUAACUCUUAAAUUCUAAAGACUACAUUCCAGGCUAUUCAAAUAAGAUACAGAAAAGCUAAGUGACAUUUUUCAAAAGCCUAUCUGCUUGCACAUUAUUCUCAGAACAAGUAUUUCUUAAUCCCCUAAAAUAGAAAAGUAGAUACAGUUCCUCCCUAUCCAUUUUAAAACAAUGUCCUUUGCAGCAUUAAAUUUCUCUAAGAAUCCCUUGUUCACACAUACCUGCCUCUCUCUAACAAAAAAAAGUUUGGGAUAGAGGCUGUGACACAUAGCAAUUCGGAGAAUCUUACAACUCUUUAAGAGCACUUCAGUGAAAGAUCAACCCUGAUGCAUAGAAAUGUCUUCAUCUCUUAAACGGCAGUAAAUCUCUGGAAUUCUCUGCCCCUGAUGGUGGAGGCCAGAUCAUUAGAUGUACUUAAAGUGGAGAUAGAUAAAUAUCUGGAAGAUGGAGGAAUUAAGGAUUAUGGGGAACUGGCAGAGAAGAGGAGUUGAGGCCAGUGUAGAUCGGCCAUGGUCAUAUUGAAUGGCAGGGCAGGCUUGAGGACCUGGUGGCCAAUUACUGUCAGGUUCUUCUGUCAAGUAUUUAUCCACAGCUUUCCUCACGCUCAGCAGGGCUUUAGGGUAAACUGGGCGAUGAUGUCAUCUGCCGGUCUUCUUAGGGAGACACAAGAGACUGCAGAUGCUGGCACCUAGAGCAAAAAACAAACUGCUGGAGGAACUUAGCAGUCAGGCAGCAUGUGUGGAGGAAAAUGAACAGUCGAUGUUUUGGGUUGAGAGACUUCAUUUGGAUCAGAUGAAGAGUCUCGACCUGAACCACUGACUGUCAAUUUCCUUCUACAGAUGCUGCCUGAGCACUGAGUUCCUCCAGCAGUUUGUUUAUUGCUUGCUCUUCUUGAAAUGUUGUGGAAGUUCUGGUGAUUCCCAGCCCUAUGGCCUCUGUUGGUUUUCUUGAGGAAAUUGGCAUUCUGUAUUAAUAGGGAAAUAAUCCUUCUUUACAGUAUGGGAAAUCCUGUACAUUACAUGUACUAGCGACUUGCCUCAAAUUCACAUCCUAGCCUCUCUGACUUUGUCACCUGCCAAGCUGAUAAGCAUAUAGGCUAAGAUGUGUCAGCUGAGUCCUCCUUGGGAGGAGGUAGGGGAUCUCAAUAGUUGCUAUUGUCCUAUGCAAACUUAUUUGCAGUGGAGGUGAAGCAACAACCAGGUGUUUUGAAUGUAUUACCUCCAUUGUCAGGAAAGUUAAAGUAGCCAUUUAUUUAUGGAAAAACAUCAAUUGAAAUAAGCAAAGACGUGAGGCAAUCAGAGAGACUUUGGGAAAGUUUCAUCAAGGAAAAGCUAUAGCAGGUAAGUUUUAGAGCUACUUUUUUAAGUCAAUUACCUGUAGCUAUCUGAAACACUUACUUCCAAGAUCAGUUUCAACUAGGUCCUCCUCUUGUGUCUGGCACAGAGUUGCAGUUUAUGUCCAGAGCCAAGUGCUCGUUGCUGCUCUAAAGGGGGACUCUAUGAAGACUCUUGCGCUCCAGUAUAGUUAAAGAAUCAUCAACAAGCAGCUGUUAACAGCUUCAGGAUUUCAGUACAGUACUGAUAUGGCAGGUACUUUACAUAGGGAAACAGCAGCAAUUCCACAUGGAACUGCUGGCAUUUUGCUGUAAGAUCUAUGCCAGGUGAAAAGUUCUGAUGGAAGGUCAUCGACCUGAAACAUUUACUCUGUUUCUGUCUCCACAGCUGCUGCCUGACCUGCUAAGUGCAUAUUUUGAGGAUUUUCUAAUUUUACUUCAGAUUUCUACUGGCUACACUAAAUUUCUUUUUGUUUUAGAUUUUCUUUAAAAGAAAGACACAUUUUCUAUAUUUAAUAGAACAUUUUUGAAUGAGUGCCUGUUUGAAUAAAGAGAGUUAAAGCAGUUAAUGGAUUUUCACAGUAAGGUUCUUGCAAAACUUAAAUUAUAUGGUAUAUGAAGAAAUGUUAACAACAUAGGUAAAAAUUUGGUUUAUGCACAAGUGUCACUCAAUGUUGCAUAGAUUUGUGAGAGAUAGGAAGGCCAUUUGCUCUAACGUAGAAAUGCUUUGGACCUGGUCAAAUCAAAAUCCGCUGACCAUCCAAAAUUACAAAUUUGACAAGUAGAAAGAAGGUCAUCAGGAAAUCAAAAGCUGGUUAGCAGGAAGUGCCAGGCAAAAUUAUUUCAAUUUACCUUUCAUCCACCUUUAAAAAUACACUAAAGUUACAGAGAGCAUUUAACAAAAGGUUAAUGCCAGCAAUGGAAAACUGAGAGGAGAAGUUUGGAACAUGCAUAUUUUUUAGUGAAGCAGAAAUGGUUAAUAGGUAUUUUUAUGAAUGUUGAAAAAAUUUGAUAGACUGAACAGGGAGGCAUUGUUUCCUGUGAUUGCGGAACACGUAAUCCAGGUAAUUUGAUUAAAAAUGUCACAAAGAGUGAGGAGAUAGGUUGGGGAAGUUGUGUUUCAUUAAAGAAUUACUGGAGCAUGAAAUCACAGGGAGUUGUGUUACGGAUGUAACUGCAUCUUUUAAGGUAAAAAUGGAUAAGCAUUUAAGCCAGGCAAAGAAGCAAAUUAUCAGAGAAUGUGGCCAGUGUGACCAAUGUUGGAUUGGUCUAGUAUAAUAUAACAGAAAUAAUGAGCCAAAUAUUUACCUUCUAUGAGUAAAAUGUUUGAUCAAGAACACUCCUAACUGCCAAAGUUUCUUGGCCUGUCAGAUUUCAUCUUUUUAUGUACAAAAUUUCUUCAGAAUAAAGCAUUGUGUU